UGUAAACACAGCGCUCUGACAGACGGCAUCCCUGCUGGGUGGAUCCGCAACUCCUGGAGGGAAUGGCUCUUCUUGUUUUUAAUUAGCAAGGGGAAAGGUGAAUUCAAAGUAGCUGUUUGGCAAGCCGGUGCAGGAGGCUGGCUUGGGGGAGGCUGAAGGAGAGAGCUCUGCGGGGUAGAGGCGCGUGUGUGCUGGGUUUGUUUUCUGAAUGAAACGCCUGCCGGUGCAUGAACAAAAUACAGCCUCUCCUUCCCCACUCUGCGGGCAGAGUUCCUGAAGACAGCUCCAGACUGUGGGCAUGGCUCAGAAAGCUCGGUGCUAGGGACGUCCUCUGCCUCCUCUCUCUGAAACAACUGACGGAAGAAAGCCAGGUCUGACCGGUCCAAAGACAGCCAGACAAAUGGCACUGGGGCAUGGUGGUUGCUGAUGACAACGCGUUUGAUUUCUGACAAAGCUUUUCGCCAGCCGCGCUUCCCCGGGGAGGAGAGUCCUCAGGAAAACUCAAACCUGCCUGGAGUAGAGCUGUGGGGUGACGGCAUGGCAUCCCUGGGUCUGACUCUCACCUGGCUGCUGUGCGCUCACCUGCUGCAGAGCUGGCCCGGAGGGCGCACGGCGGAAACCCCCUACCCCCGGCUACGCCUGUCACAUAAAGAACUCUUGGAUCUGAACAGAACAUCAAUAUUUCACAGCCCUUUUGGAUUUCUGGAUCUCCAUGCAAUGCUGCUGGAUGAAUAUCAAGAACGGCUCUUUGUGGGAGGCAGGGACCUUGUGUAUUCCCUGAGCUUGGAGCGAAUCAGUGACGGCUAUAGAGAGAUACAUUGGCCUACUACAGCAGUAAAAAUGGAAGAAUGCAUAAUGAAAGGAAAAGAUGCAAGUGAAUGUGUAAACUAUGUCCGGGUUUUGCAUCACUACAACAGGACACAUCUUCUCACCUGUGGUACAGGAGCUUUUGAUCCACUUUGUACCUUCAUCAGAGUUAGGAACCAUUUGCAGGAUCCUCUGUUUCACCUGGAAUCACACAGAUCCGAGAGAGGAAGGGGUCGAUGUCCUUUUGACCCCAGCUCUUCCUUCGUCUCCACAUUAAUUGGGAGUGAAUUGUUCACUGGACUCUACAGUGACUACUGGGGCCGAGAUGCUGCAAUCUUCCGCAGCCCGGGCCGGCUGGCCCACCUCCGCACGGAGCACGACGACGAGCGCCUGCUGAAAGAACCAAAGUUUGUAGGUUCGUAUAUGAUUCCUGACAAUGAAGACCAUGAUGACAACAAGCUGUAUUUCUUUUUUACUGAGAAGGCCCUGGAGGCAGAGAACAACGCCCAUACCAUCUACACCAGAGUGGGGAGGCUGUGUGUGAAUGAUAUGGGAGGGCAGAGAAUACUGGUAAAUAAGUGGAGCACAUUCCUCAAGGCCAGGCUGGUUUGCUCAGUACCAGGAGGAAAUGGCAUUGAUACCUAUUUUGAUGAAUUAGAGGAUAUCUUUUUGCUACAUACCAGAGACCAUAAGAACCCAGUGAUAUUUGGACUCUUUAACACUACCAGUAAUAUAUUUAGAGGGCAUGCUAUAUGUGUCUACCAUAUGUCCAGCAUUCGAGCAGCUUUUAAUGGCCCAUAUGCACACAAGGAAGGUCCUGAAUAUCACUGGUCACUCUAUGAAGGAAAAGUCCCAUAUCCAAGGCCUGGAUCUUGUGCCAGCAAAGUGAAUGGAGGAAGAUAUGGAACCACGAAAGACUACCCUGAUGAUGCUAUUCGAUUUGCAAGAACUCAUCCACUUAUGUACCAGCCCAUAAAACCUGCCCACAAAAAACCAAUACUGGUAAAAACAGAUGGAAAAUACAACUUGAAGCAAAUAGCAGUGGAUCGAGUAGAAGCUGAGGACGGCCAGUAUGACGUUUUAUUUAUUGGGACAGAUACUGGAAUUGUGCUUAAAGUUAUCACAAUUUAUAACCAAGAGACUGGAUCAAUGGAAGAAGUAAUUCUAGAAGAACUUCAAAUAUUCAAGGAUCCAACUCCUAUUAUUUCUAUGGAGAUCUCUUCAAAGAGACAACAGCUGUAUGUUGGAUCUGCUUCUGAUGUGGCUCAAGUCAGAUUCCAUCACUGUGAUAUGUAUGGAAGUGCCUGUGCUGACUGCUGUCUGGCUCGGGACCCUUACUGUGCAUGGGAUGGCAUAUCCUGUUCCCGGUACUACCCAACAGGCACACAUGCAAAAAGGCGUUUCCGCAGACAAGAUGUGCGGCAUGGAAAUGCAGCUCAGCAGUGCUUUGGACAGCAGUUUGUCGGAGAUGCUUUGGAUAAGACUGAAGAGCGAUUGGUUUAUGGCAUAGAAAACAACAGUACUUUGCUGGAAUGUACCCCACGAUCUUUACAAGCAAAAGUCAUCUGGUUUGUACAGAAAGGACGUGAAACAAGAAAAGAAGAGGUUAAGACAGAUGACAGAGUGGUUAAAAUGGACCUGGGCUUGCUCUUCCUCAGGAUACGCAAAGCCGAUGCUGGGACCUAUUUUUGCCAGACAGUAGAGCAUAGCUUUGUCCAUACGAUCCGUAAAAUCACCCUGGAGAUCGUGGAAGAAGAGAGAGUGGAGGAGAUGUUUAGUAAAGACUAUGAGGAGGAAGGGCCGCACCGGAUGCCGUGUCCGGCCCGCAGUAGUAUCCCUCAAGGAACAAAACCAUGGUACAAGGAAUUCCUGCAGCUGAUCGGGUACAGCAACUUCCAGAGAGUGGAGGAGUAUUGUGAAAAAGUGUGGUGCACAGAUAAGAAGAGGAAAAAGCUCAAAAUGUCACCUUCGAAGUGGAAGUAUGCCAACCCACAGGAGAAGAAGCUGCGCUCCAAACCUGAGCACUAUCGUCUGCCCAGGCACGUGCUGGACUCCUGAUGGGUU